AUGGCUACGCGUACCAGGCUGCCUCGUCAGGCCGCACAGUCGACCAACUACACCUUUGACGAGUCCGACGGGUCCGCGGACGCCGCCGGAUCAGCUUCGAGCGAUGAGGAGGAGUACGGGAGGAAGAGGGCGAAGACGAGCAAGGGCAAGGGCAAGCCGCGCAAGAGGAUCAAGGGCAACGACAGCGACGAGGAAGACGAGGACGACUUUGCGCCGCGUUCGGGCGGGCUGGUCGUGCAGCUGGACAACGAAGAACAGCCCGAGCUCGUCGAGUACGAGGUCAAGCGUGUCGACUUCGGCAAACUGCUCCCGCUCGAGACGCUUCGCGAGAUCUUCGGCUACCUCCACCCGUCGACGCUGUACCAGCUGUCGAGUUUGAGCAAGACCUGGCGCACUAUCGUCAAGUCAGACUUCAUGAAGCCGCUCUGGCUCGACCUCCUGCGCGGACCGCCGACACCGAAGACCGAGUUCCAGGACAUGAAGCGUGUCGUUGUCGGCUACGAUGACCCCGAGCCGAUCCCCUCUCUCAACGGCGACGAAGUCGAACCUUUCCGCCUUGCGACCCUCCUCUUCGACAAGACUUGCGAGAACUGCGAACGCGGCAAGGUCUACACUUGCGACCGCUACCUCUUCCGCCGCCUGUGCUACGAGUGCCGCGACCUCAACCUCGUCCCAACGACGGAUGUCGGCAAGGGCAAGACGUACCGCGACUUGCAUCCUGCAACGCUCCAAGUCGUCGCGAGUACGCCACUCCCGCCGCGCGACCUUCGGUACGGCCGCAACCAGCGUUCCUGGGUCCUCAUCAGUGACCUCCGCGACGCUUCCGAGACGCUCGAGCAGCUUCAGCUCGAAGACGACGCCGACUCGUCGAACAAGUAUGCCGAGACGUCACUCAGCGCCAAGUCAGUUCAGAAGACGCUCGGAAGGGCGAAACGGCUCAAGAAGAGCUGGUCGACUUCGAGGGCUGAGCGUGGGAAGGCGCUGGAGGCCGAAUUGACGCAGAAGUACUCGCCGAGGGUCAAGGAGUACGUUCUCGAUAGGCUCGCCUCGAAGGAGGAGCACGCCAAGCUCGCCACCUGGAUUUGGAAGCGCUGGUCGUCCUUGAUCGACUUACAAGACGUGGUCAAGACCGAAGCCACUGCAUUUGACACCCGUGUGCAGAGCUACCGCCUCGCCGCCAUCCGCAAGCACCUGAGCGACGAAGGCAUCUUCCCUCCCUCGACCCUCAAACACUCUUCCUGGUCCUCACACCCGCUCGUCAAGAGGACUGAGCCGCUCACCGGCGAGAUCUGGAAGGCCAUCAGGCCCGUCCUCUACCGCGUCAUCGCCCGCUACGUCGCCCUCAACAUCAUCGCUCGCUGCGGUAGCCGCAAGAGGACGAAGAAGGACGACGACGAAUCGGACGUUGAGGCGGCGCUCAAGCGUGACCUUCUCAAGAAACCGAAGAGCGUCUCUGCUGACGGCUGGAAGUGGGUCCGCCCCCUCCUCGCCGAACUCCUCAAGCACGCCAAGCAGCCGGAGAAGCCCGCCGCCCCGCUGCAACAGGGACCCGUCCUCACGAAGGAGCAGCGCGAAGUCAAGAACGCCUUCUUCCGCGAGCGCUACGAAAAGGCGCUUGACAUGCUCCCGUCGCAGAAGGGCCGCUUCUACGCGCCUCGCUUCGGCGAGUUCCUCGUCUGCCCCACGGUGCAGCAGCUCUACGACGACGCCGAGUUCGCGGUCGAUAACUCGACCUACGACGACGACCUCGCGACGUGGGCCGAGCACCUCGACGCCAUUUUCGAGGAGAUGGGAGACCAUGUUCUCGAGGUCCGUCUCUCGGCGCUCACGGCUAUCCUCGCCGCUACGACCGAGAUGAGCGCCGACGACAUGGAGGAUCUCGGCGCAGACGCUCUCGCCGACCCGGCUUACAACGACAGCUUCUUCACUCGCGCAUCGUCCUGGGUCAACUGCGCUGACUGCGACAAGUUUGGCUCGCUCAUCGAGAUCCUCAAACACCGCCACGAAUGUCACCCCUUGUCGUCGCCACACGCCGGCAGCGUCAAGCUCACGGCUGACGCCCCUCGUCCUCAAGUCGAACUCUCGCUCGAGGUCGCGUGCGCCUGGUCUGCCGUCCUUGAGCUCGCCAAAAUCGAUGCCGACAAGCCGAACUUCAAGGCGAAGGACCUCACCAAGGCGCUCGGGAAGCAGGACUUGGCUUGGGAGAACGGGCCGAGGGGCACGAAGCAUCGCCAGACGUGGUCGAACCUGAUUGAGGCGGUCUGCAGGCAUGCGCGCACGGCGCACAGGCGGCAAGAUGUCCUCGCCGUCCCGGUCAUCGUCCUCAGGAAGCCGUACAAGCCGCGCAGGGGCAGAGGAUGGUUGUGGUAG